UUGUUUACAAAAUUUUGGCGAUUGAACGAUAAUAUCGAUAUAGCACAUACAGUUCCUUCAUACAAAUACUUAGUUUGGGUUACCUGUGCGGUUACUGAAAAGUUUACGAGUGUCACGCUUUACUAGUAACGCUUUACAAAAUCAAAUGAUUAUCAUGUGACUGCGCAGCUCAGGCUGGCUCACAGUUUCUACUGCUGCUACUGGGUUAAAACCAACAUAUAUCUUCUCCAAGCCAAAAAACAAUCUAUUAAUAUGGCAAGGGAUGCAUUGUCUUUGAUGAGCUUCGCAGUACUCUGUGCAGUCUUUGUGAAUUCAGCUUUAGCCAAGAACAUUACCGAUUACAAAGAUUGUGGCUCAAAAGGUGCAACAAUUGUUAGAUUGGACAUAUCGCCAUGUGAAGAAGAACCUUGUAAUUUUAAAACGGGUACAACUGUGACUGGAACACUUACUUUUGUCGCCAAAGAGUACUUUACAAGUGGUCGAGUAAAAGCUUACGCUGUUAUAGAAGGUGUAGAUCUGCCUCUACCAAUUCCUACCGAUGCAUGCCAAGGUUAUGGCCUCACUUGUCCCAUCAACAAUGGACAGACUGCAAAUUUUGUCAUCAAACAAGAAAUCCAAGCUGAUUUUCCAAAAGUGAAACUGCAACUUAAAGGAGAGGUGAUGGAUCCCCAAGGAAACAUGUUAUUUUGCUUUGAAGUUCCAAUUCAAAUUUCUUCAUCGGCAAACUCUGAUAGUAUCGACUAUUAACAGGCUCUAAAAGGUUACUGGAGUCACAUGACAUAAUGGAUGAUGUUGGUCACACUUGUUUUAAUUUACGCGUCACGAAGAUUUAAAUACAAUAUAUAUUAUUAUGGUGAUGUAGAGCAUCAUGAAAAUGAAAAGACAAAUAGUUAUUAGAGGGAGAUAAAUUAAAAUAAAUUAAAAUUAAAUACAGUACCAGUUUGCUUUUGAUAUACAUAGCGAGUUCUUGUUUACCCAUUUGAUAAACUAUAUAUAUCAGUUGAAUUCCGGCAUAUAGCGUGAUGGCUGGUACCCGUAAUGUAAAGAUAUUUCAGAAAACGUUGAUUCAUGUUGAUUAGGGAAGAUAGUGUAUUCCAAGACCGAAAUGCAUUCUUGGAAAUUCUAUCGGGUUGGGGUUGAGAUUCGGACGUGUUCAGAUAUUGUAUAUAUAUUUUAUUGGUAAGUAAUCGUCUGUAAGAUGUGCCUGUCCUGGGGCGGGGACCCACGCAUCGAAGACAUCGAAAAGAUUUGCUYUUUAUUAAAAUAAUUUCUGG